AAAUCUCACGGACGCCUCUGCCAAUCCCACUUGUGAAGGCAGGAUGUCUCUACUUACAACUGUCCUUGCAGUAUUGCCCUUAUUUGUUGAUGCUGAUGUGGACCUUGCAUCACCGUUAGUGUUUGAUCCAAUAUUCUACGUCAACACUAACGCUGACCUCCACCAUUUGGGCAUCAACACUGAAGCCGCAGCUAAGCAACACUGGCUGUCGAAGGGGAUCAGCGAGGGACGACAGGGUUGUGGUAGCUUUCACUCAAGACAAUAUCUUAAAAGGUAUUCGGACCUUACCAAGGCAUAUGGCACCGACUAUCACCAAGCUGUCGUACACUACUUGAACCAUCAAAGCGAGAAAAGGCUGGGGUAUGUGGACGGAGGCUACAGCGGAAGAUGGACCAUAUCGAACCACGACCAUGACCUCUUCGUCAGUGCUUCUGGGCGGAUGGGAGGAGCCAUUGACAGCCUGGUCUGGGACAACAAGGAGUUCAUCAAUGCCUGGGAUCAUGGCAGAGAGCUUCAGAUGGCGACCAAUACUCACCCAUACGGGGAAUGCUUCAACCCCACAGAAGCUGGAGGUAGAGAUGACAGCAUCGGACCAAGCACAAAGUCCAAGAUUAUAAGUAUAUCAUCACACGGGAGCACCCUGAAAACAACAAAUCACCCAGCGUUCUGGCUACGUCAUGGCGGCCAUGAAGCCCCAGGAUCGAAAAACAGGAUAUGCUCAGGAGGCGCCCCUGCAAGAAACACUGUAGAUACUUACGGAUACGACUUCUCCAAAAAUGUUACAAUUGGUUGUGCAGGCAUGUCUCAUUGUAUCAAAUUUGAGUCAAUGUUCACAGUUGCCGGUGAGUGGCCGGCAGGAGUUACUACCCAUAAUUUUGAAGCGCCAACCGGCUACAUGACAAAGGACUUCCGUGUCCUUAAAGGUCUCAAUUUGGGUACUGGCCGGAUACAGCCUUACGCUAGCGGUCAGCCUGUUGUUCUUGCAACAUCAGAUCUCAAGCAUGCAAUGGGAGCCUACGCCCCGACAGGGCAGGACACGGAUGAGCCACACUACUACAGUGGAAUAGUCUUCGGAAGUGCCUUUCCCAGUGGAACCAGUAAAUGGGGAUCAGUGUUCCGGAAGAAAGCUUUCCCACAUGGAAGCUCAAACAAAUUAUUCUAUGUCACCUAUAUUUGUGUUGGGAGCCUUGACCAGGUUUCUGAGUGCCUAAAAAAGCUCCAUGCCACAUAUCCAAAGGUUUAGUACAUCAUCGUCUUUUACACUGAUUAAAGUGCUUAAAAGAUCUA